AUGGGAGGUAAAGGUGGUAGCGGUGGAGGAGGAAAGGGUGGUGGUGGUGGUGGUAGUAGUGGUGGAGGAAGGAGUGGUGGUGGUGGAGGAGGAGGAGGCAAAGGUGGUGGCGGUGGUGGAGGAGGAAGCAAAGGUGGUGGCGGUGGAGGAGGAGGAGGCUACAUGGUGGCUCCAGGGAGCAAUGGGUCUUCUUACAUUGCAAGAGAUAACUUCGAGAGUGACCCUAAAGGUUACUUUGAUAAUCUCCAUGGUAGCAAGUGA